GUUGAAAUUCUAGUAACCAGUCGACCCUAUGAUCAUAUUCAGAAUGACUUCUAGAUAAUGAAAAAUCUCUUCCCUUACAUAUACCUCAAAGGGGCAGAAGAAAAUGAUCAGAUACACAAGGAGAUAAGUGUGACCGUGAGGAUCAGGCAACAACUUGAGCAACAACUUAAAAUGAAACACUGCAUGUAUCCUUGGUUACAUCUCACCAUUGAUGACACCUAGGUUACUGAAGAAUAGCUUUUGGCCAGCUGACGAACCAAUCCAGCGGAUACCUCCUUCUUUGAAUGUAGUAUAUGAAAAGAUUAUUGAUCGAGUAUCAUCUGAACAAGUGCAUACAGUGAGGAAACUUAUUCAGGAUCAUUGUUGCAGCACAGCGUCCCUUAACAACACAAAAAAAAAGAAGAAAAAAAGGAUAUGGCAUUGGGCAUUGCUAUCCACCCUGAAUCACGAACUACAGCACAAGCUGAAUAAAUCUAGCUGCCUUAGACGAGAAAAUACGACGGCUAUGUGGUCUGUUUGUCUUCACCAAUAACUCAAAGAUAUACCUCAUCCAUCAGACAGCGAGAGUUUAUCAUCAGAACGAAAGUUGCUGCUCAUCUGAAUUCUGCAUACUCUUGCAUCCAAAAGAUACUGAGAGCCCCUUGGCUAAGAUCUGUAUGCAAUUUGUUGAUGAAUGAUUUAGAAGACAGUGA